CUGUUAGAUCUGAGCUGGUCUAGUUGGGAGGUUUGUUGUGGAUUCCUAUGGAUCCAGUCUUUUCAGAAGUAGUCAGUGAAGCCCAGAUGAGCGCUCUGCAGCUCUGUUAGUGCUCUGUUAGUGAACAGAGAGAGCAGAGUGAAGGAGGGGAGGCUCCUCCACACGGGCUCGGACUGAAAUGGCGCAAUAUGAACUGCAGCGCGGCCGAGGGGGCGGUUUGGAGGAGCUUCACGAGCCUCGCAUCCUCGCGGACAGCAGAGCUUAUAUAACGAACGGCACGAUUUAUUAAUUGGGAAUAAUUGGCGGUCUCGAGCGGAGGAAGGGAAUUGGACAUAAUCGACACCUCCUUAUCUCUCAGAGGCUGCUUGCUUGCUUGCUUGCUUGCACCCCCAACCCCCCUCAUCACCACCACCACCACCUCCACCACCUACCCACCCCAUAUCUCUCUCUCUCUCUCUCUCUCUCUCUCUUUCUCUCUCUCUCUCUCUCUCUCUCUUCUCUCUCUCUGACACACACACACACACACACACGCACACGAGCAGGUAAAACGCUCCUAGGCAGGCAGGCAGGCGCGAGGAUGAUGAUGAUGGCUACAGUAAGACGCGGCGCUCGCGCGUCAGGAUGCUGGAGGAUGCUGCAGAUGCUCGGAUGCGAGUAAAGGGAGGGACCAUUCUCCCCGGUCCAUCCUCACAAGCCUCACAGCUACAGCCUACAGACAGAGCAAGACAAGAUAUCGAGGAUCUUCUUCUUCUUUUUCUUCUUCUUCUUCUUUUUCCUGGCGCGAGAUAACCACCUCAGCUCGAGAUAACGAGGCAACAGUAGAAAAAAAAACCCUGGACCACCGCACCACCGUAUCGCACCGAUGCCAUCUCACCGGCGCGCAGGAGCCGUACAUUCUUAAGCAGCAUCAGCAUCACCAGCAUCAGCAGCAUCAGCAGCAUCCCUCCCUCCAGCAGAGAUCAUCCUCCAGCCCCCAUCCCCAUCUGUCCCCUGAUCUGGCUCGGACAUUGGUGGUGCGGGCAGCCCACCUAAACCAGCACAGCCACUCCCCCCCCCCCCCCCUCUGGCCUGGCCUGCACAAUCCAGCAGACGCGCUCCUAGAUGGGGAGGGAAGGCCAGUCUCGGGGGCUCUAGGGUGGGCUCUUGGUGAGUGGAGGUAGGGGGUAGGGUUGGGGCAGAAGCAAGAAGAUCCAGGGCCAGGCUGUUCUAGGCUGCCCUCCUUAUGCACCGGCCGCAGCCGUCUCCCAGUCCAGGCGCCUUGAUGAGCUCCUUGUCCCGGGCCACGGCGCUAUAGCUUGGGCAACGCGGGCCAAUCCGGGGGGAGAGGAGCACGAGAGCUUUGAUGCAUAUGAUCACAACCACCAUGAUUUUUAUGAUCCUCGGUGCUUCUGUUGUAAUGGCGAUAGCGUGUCUAAUGGACAUGAACGCACUGCUGGAUCGCUUUCACAACUACAUCCUCCCGCAUCUACGAGGUGAGGACCGUGUCUGCCACUGCAACUGUGGAAGACACCACGUCCAUUAUGUAAUUCCAUAUGACGGGGACCAUUCGCUGGUGGACUCUUCGGAGAACUACUUUGUGAGCGACAGUGUGACCAAGCAGGAGAUGGACCUCAUGCUGGGGCUGUUGCUGGGCUUCUGUAUCAGCUGGCUGCUGCUGUGGCUGGACGGGGCGUUACACUGCGCUGUGAGGGCCUGGAGAGCCAGCCGCUACUACGACACACCGUCCUGGUCCUGGCUUCCUCAGUUCUGUAACCUGCGGGACCUCCGUAGACGUGCACAGUUACGACAGCUGGAGGACUCCAGUGGAAACAUGGUGCAUAUCAAGCAGAAGCUCUACCAUAACGGCCACCCCAGCCCCCGUCACCUUUGACUCUCAACAGCAGUAUCCCCCUUCCCGACUUCCCCAUCACCAAAUGCUGCCUCAGAGACCCUCUUCAACAGUCCCACUACUGUCAGAACCACCUUCUAGACUUUCUACAGCCACUCCACACAGUCCAGAAUUUGAGGAAAGGAAAAAAAGGAAAACUAAGACUAAGAAAGAGGAAAGAAAUCGCGCAACUUUUGUCCACGCACCAUGUUCGUGGGGGAGGUUUGGGGGGGUGGAGGUAAGAGGUUUGGGGGUCUUUUUUUCUGUACAGGCAUUGUCAUUUUUUAAUUGUUCAAUCUAGGCAUGCACUUUUAAAAUGGGGUGGGACGUGCAUAAACAGUGUCUAAAUGGGGCAGUGAGCCUAGGGUGAUUUUCAUUUUCAGUCUCCUUUUGCUUUUUUUUGUUCAUCGGAAUGGAUUUUGGGACACGUGUGGGCGGGGCUGAUGAGCGCAGAGGGUGGGAAAGGGUGUCAUGGUUUUUUGUGAUGGCGUAGUUAAAAGAUGACUGCUUGUGUAAAUAGUUAUACAUAUUGUUUUAUGGGACGUUAAGUCAACACACAGGGUUAGGGGGUCUUUAGAAACGAGCUAUUAUUCGUGUGCCAAGAAAAACGAACAAACACAGAGUGAAUUUAAAAAAAAGUCUGAAAGCAGGAGUGAGACGUGGAUGAAAACGGUUCUCUGUAAAAUAAUGACUGAUCAGCUUUGUUACCUAGUGAAAUCAAUGAAUGUAUGUAAUUUUAUCUGUAAAUAAAGGAGAUGGAGGGAGAGACCAGUUGAUGGGUCAGGGCUCUUUGUGCAGGACUGAGUUUUCCUGAGUUCCAACCAGAGAAAGAGAGAAAUAAAGAGAGAGAGAGCCUUCAGCUCCUGCCUUGUCUUCCCUUCACUGUGUCCAGUAACCCGUCCAGGCCUCCUUUUAAAUAACUCCCCAGUCAAACAAGAGCAAACCAACGUGCCGGCACAGAGAGCCCUGACCCACUUUCCCCUUCCUCUCCAUGUCCAGACAUUGCUGUUGUGAAGAUGAAAUGUCUGUUUUAUUAAAAGUGCCAUUGAAGCACAACAGUGACCCCUA